UCUGCAUUUUGCAUUCCCCUUCCUUCAUUUCCUCCGAUUUCCAAAGAAUAAACCAUGGCUGAGAUUGCAACCAUUUUUCUCUCUCCCUUCCUUCAAGUGUUUUUUGAAAAAAUGGCAUCUGGUGACUUCGUUGACUUCUUUCGGCGACGAAAACUCUCCGAUGGACUCUUAAAGAAGUUGAAGACAACAUUCCUGACCCUCAAUGCAGUGUUUGAAGAUGCGGAGGAAUUGCAAGUUACGAAGCCUGUUGUGAAAGAGUGGCUUGAUGAGCUGAAAGAUGCAAUCUAUGAUGCGGAGGACGUCUUGGAUGAGAUUGCUACUGAAGCCAUGAUAAACGAGUUGGAUGCUAAAUUUAAAACCACUGCAAGCAAGGUACGAAAGUCCAUCUCUGUUUUUCAUAAUUCUUUUGUCAAAGAGAUAGAGCAAAAGAUAAAAGAGGUUCUUAAAAGACUAGAAACUCUGGCAAAACAAAAGGAUGUUAUUGGCUUAAGAGAAGGAGUUGGAGGGAAAUCAUUUGAAAGAUUGCCCACGACUUCUUUAGUUGAAGAAUCUGAUAUUUGUGGUAGGAAUCAUGAAAAGGAUGAAAUAAUUAACUUGUUGCUCUCAGAUGAUGCAACCAGCAAUGAGAUGGGUGUUAUUGCCAUAUUCGGCAUGGGGGGGAUUGGCAAGACCACCCUUGCUCAACUUGUAUACAAUAACGACAGGGUGAAGCAGCAGUUUGACCUUAAAGCAUGGGUUUGUGUUUCCGAAGAAUUUGACGUGUUUAAGGUAACAAAAACAAUUCUGGAGGCAAUAACUUUGUCACCUUGUUAUGUUACGGAUCUAAAUCAGCUUCAACUUAAACUAAAUGAGUGUUUAAUGGGGAAUAAGUUUCUACUUGUUUUAGAUGAUGUUUGGAAUGAGAAUUAUGAUCAUUGGGAGACACUUUGCAAACCCUUCAAAUCUGGGACACAAGUAAGUAAGGUCCUUGUAACAACACGUAAUUAUAGUGUUGCAUUAGUCAUGCGUGCUAGUGCAAUGUCUCAUCAUCUGAAGGAGUUACCUGAAGAGGAUUGUUGGUCACUAUUUGCAAAACAUGCAUUCCAUGAUGGCAACUCUAAUGCACACGGAGAGUUAGAAGUAAUAGGCAGAAAAAUCAUAAAGAAGUGCAAAGGCGUUCCAUUAGCAGUCAAGGCAAUUGGUGCUGUCUUAAGAUCUAAACUAGAUGUUGAUGAAUGGGAUAAGAUAUCGGAGAGUGAAUUGUGGGAUUUGCGAAUUGAUGAGAUGGGUAUUCUUCCAGCUCUAAGAUUAAGCUACAAAUAUCUAUCUUCACAUCUAAAGCGAUGUUUUGCUUAUUGUUCAUUAUUUCCAAAGGAUUAUUCUUUCAAAAAAGAUCAAUUAAUCUUGUUAUGGAUGGCGGAAGGGUUCCUACAACAAGCCAAAAACAAAACAAUGGAAGAAGUUGGGAAUGAGUAUUUCCUCACUCUAGAAUCAAGAUCAUUAUUCCAAAAAUCAAGUGACGACAAUUCAUGUUUUGUAAUGCAUGAUCUUGUGAGCGAUUUAGCAAAAUCUAUAUCUAGGCAAUUCAUUUUAAGAUCAGAAGGUGAUUGUUCUCACAAAAUUGUAAACAAUACUCGCCACUUGUCCUAUUUUUCCGAACAAGAGUUUCACAGCUUGAAGAAGUUUGAGACCCUUCACAAGGCUAAGAGGUUGCGCACUUUCCUACAUUUAAAUAUGUUUAGUUACCCUUGGUUCUACUACCUCUUGAAUGGAAGAGUACUACAUGAUUUAUUGCCAACACUAAGAUGCUUACGAGUGCUUUCUCUGUUGAAGUAUCGGAACUUUACUGAAUUACCAGAUUCAAUUGGCAAACUCAAAUACCUACGUUACUUGGACCUUUCUUUCACAAACGUUCAAAGACUGCCCGAUUCUAUAUGUCAGUUGUACAAUUUGCAAAUAUUGAAUUUGUCAAUGUGUGUGCAACUUGCUGCAUUGCCAAGAAAGAUGUAUAAACUCAUUAAUUUACGGCAUCUUGAUAUUUCUGGAACCAGCAUAAUAGAGAUGCCAGAACAAUUUGGUAAAUUAAAAAGUCUCCAAACGUUGACUAAAUUUAGCAUCGGCAAACGUAGUGGGUCUUGCAUUAAGGAGUUAGGAAAACUCACAAAUCUUCGGGGAUUACUUUCUAUAUUGGAGAUCCAAAAUGUUGAAUCUCCUACGGAUGCUCUAGAGGCAAGCUUGAGGGAUAAAAAGUACCUUGAAGAUUUAGUAUUGGAAUGGAAUGUUGAUACUAAUUUUUCAGAAAGUGAGAGAAUUGUACUCGAAAGUCUCCGACCCCAUACAUACCUGAAAAGUCUCACUAUCAAACACUAUGGUGGUAAAAGUUUUUCGGAUUGGGUAGGGCAUCCUUCAUUCUCUAAUAUAGCAUCUAUUGAUCUACAUAAUUGUAAAUAUUGCAGCAACUUGCCACCCCUUGGACAGCUACCUUCUCUACAUAAUCUCUCUAUAGUUGGGUUUGAUGGAGUUGUUACAGUGGGCCAUGAAUUUUGUGGCAACAGUUCUUCUUCAUUCAAGUCCUUUGGAGCCCUAAAAGUUCUAAAUAUCGUGAAGAUGGCGAACUGGGAGGAAUGGAUUUCUUCUGGUGCCGAAAAUGGAGGAGCAGCUUUUCCUCAACUUGAAGAGCUUUAUAUUAAGGACUGCCCUAAGCUAACAGGAGGAUUGCCAGUCCAUCUUCCUUCUUUAGCAAUACUUGAGAUUGAGAACAGCCCACAGUUGGUGGCUCCACUCCCGAGGGUUCCUGCUAUUCGUAAGUUGAAGCUAAGCUAUUGUAAUGAGAUGUUAUUAAAGGAAUUGCCAAUUGGAAUGCAUACGCUCGAAAUUGGAGAAUUUAAUGCAUUAGAGUCCCUUCCCGAGGUAAUGAUCCACUCCAAUGGCAAUCUUCAAGUGUUAAUAAUUCAAAACUGCCCUUCACUUAUGUCCUUUCCAAAGGAUCGUUUUCCCUCUACAUUAAAAACCCUCUACAUCAGAGGUUGUUCUUCACUUGUUUCCUUUCCCGGGAGAAUGACAGACUCCAACAGCGGCAUUCAAAUGUUAGUGAUCUGUGAUUGUUCCUCACUUGUGUCCCUUCCUAAGGAUGGUCUUCCCUCAACGUUAAAAACCCUUGAAAUUAGAGAAUGUGUGAAGUUAGAGCUCCUGACACACUUGGAGUGUUCAUACCUUGAAAAAUUGGAGUUGGUCAACUGUGAUUCUCUCAAGUCCUUUCCAUUAGAUUUAUUCCCAAAGCUUUCUGAUAUCCGAUUCUGGUCCUGUAGCAAUCUGGAAUCUCUUACAGUUCCAGAACAUUAUGAACACGAUUUAGUCACCUUGCAAAUAGAUAUAUCUUUUUGCCCUAAUUUUGUAUCUUUUCCGAAAGGGGGAUUGCGUGCCCCUAGCCUUACAUCGCUUUCCAUGAAUAAUUGUGGGAGUCUGAGAUCACUGCCUAACAAGAUGCACAUACUCCUCUCUUCUCUUCAGAAUUUGGAUGUAAUUGUCUGUCCUGAAGUUGAGUCGCUUCCUGAAGGGGGCUUGCCAUCCAAUAUGAAAAGUAUUAUCAUUUCUGAAUGUGACAAACUUGUUGCUAGUCGGAUGGGGUGGGAUUUGCAGAACCUCCCAUUUCUUACUAGUUUGACAAUCAUUGGCAUACCUGGUGUGGAGUCCUUCCCAGAGGCGCAGUUGCUGCCCACCAAUCUGACCUUUCUUUACAUUUCUAACUUUCCAAAUUUGAAAUCUUUGGACAAGGGGCUUCAACUCCUCAGUGCUCUUGAAAACCUGUGGAUAUUUAACUGCACUAAGCUCAAGUACAUGCCAGAACAGGGGCUGCCUCCCUCCCUUUCUAUUCUAAAAAUCCUCAAUUGUCCUUUGUUGAAGAAAGACUGGCAAGGUAAACAGGGAAAAGAAUGGCGCAAGAUUGCUCACAUAGAAGAAAAAUGGAUUGAUGGCGAAUUGAUUGAAUACUGACUCGCGCCCAAGCCACCUUUGUCGCACCCCAAAACAAGUACAUCUGAUCUGAUGUGGGCAGUCGAUCCUCUUGCCCAAUGGAGGGAAGGAGUUGGGAUAAUGGGUCGUCGUCAUUGCUAUCGCCAUCCAAGCUUUUGCCGGUGUACUUGUGAAAGUGUUGUGCCAAAUCAACAUCAUGGGCAUUUCGGUUUCUUUUUCUUUUGUUGGAAGUGUACGUGUAGGUUCUGAAUAACCAUUCAGCACCUCAACUCCUAAAAGAUGCUAAGAUGAAAAGGGCCACUUUUUGGACAAAUUAAUUUUAGGAGGAUCGACCCUCUACUAAGGUUCAUGCUGCCCCAGGCGGUGGAUCUUCUUUGGAUUACCUCUUUGGUGGUGGGCCUGGUGGUAGUGGUAACUGAGAUAUGCCAUCCUAUGGACCGUACCAGAUGGAAUUAAUGUUUGUUGAUUUUUGUGGAACCUGUGCUUCAGAUGAGGCAAUGGAAACUUGCUGGAUUAUGUGAUGUAAUAUAUUGGUUUUGUGGUUGUUGUUUCGAAAA